AUGGAGUGGUACAAGCAGAUGCCGAUCAUCACACGGUCUUACCUCACGGCCGCCUUUGUCACCACUGCUGCGUGCACCCUUGAGGUACUACUAAGCCGACGCUUGGGUAUAUUUGGCCGAGGAGGCUGUCGGUGGAACUAAUGCCAGGGGUGUCGGACUGACAGUCCAUUAUCUGUGAAACGUUCUUCGAAGCCGCUGUCAUCGUUAUUUAGUUUUGAUUUUGUGGGAAAUGUGUGCUUUGUUCGUUCUCUGUUCUCUACUCACGAUGCGUCCCCAAUUUCGUUGCAGAUAAUAUCCCCUUACAGUUUGUACCUGAACCCCAAGCUCGUUGUUCGGCGCUAUGAGAUCUGGCGUCUAGUCACAAACUUCUUGUUCUUCGGGAAACUGGGUGCGUAUCCUCUUUGUGGCCCUCUCUGUUUUCCGGUACAGCAGCUGUCGCAUAGGCUUUCUUGUGCCGAUAUAUAGUUGAAAUCAAUGAUUCUACUUGGUGAGCACCAAAAAAAAAAGCGGGAGGGCAAUCUUAUUACAUGCACUUUCGGGUGUAUAGCAAUUCAGCGGUUAAAUGACAAUCGUCAUAUCUCGACCCCGCCGUGCAUAUAAUGUUUGCUGAAGUAGUUGGUAAGUAUCAGAGAUAGAUUAAAAAAUAAAUAAAAAUGUAUCCCUUAAUAACAUGUAACUCGUUUAUGUGAUAUCGGAUCACAAUGUUAUCUUGUAAAUUUAAUAUGGUUGUCAUUUUACUAGGCUUGAAUAUUUCUGUAAAUGACGGCAUGUAAUGUUGAUGGGUUGUGGACUUUAUCCGUUGACAUUUAGGACAAUAUGUAAUCUGACGGUGUUACCUCGGAUGUUUAUCAGAAAUCUUGUGACAACUGUGAGGUCUGAAGUGAAUUGAAGCGUUGUAUUUAUUACGUGUACAUAGAAUGAAGUAGAAAAAUGUAGAUCUGUACAUCAAUUGAACUGAAAUUAUGCUGUUCAUUGUGGUGAUGUGAGGAUUUCUUUUGUGAGUGGCGGAGACAUGAUAGUUGAGAAAGAGAAAAAAAAUCGGUCUUGUUCAUUUAUUUUAAAGAUAAAGAAUGUUCACCAGACUUCCUUUUCUGUUCUUUAUAUCUAAUAUGAACAUCACUUUUGUCUAGUUUUUUUCCAUUUUUAAAAAAAUGAGAUGAUAAACUUGGCCUUUCGUAAUCUUUUUGUUUCAUUUGAAUCUGCGUUGUCCAUAUGUAUUAAUGUUGACAUCGUUUUGACCUCACUCGGUUCCACAGACCUGGACUUCUUUUUCCACAUGUUCUUCCUUGCCCGAUAUUGCAAGCUGCUUGAGGAGAAUUCAUUCAGGGGACGAACCGCAGAUUUCUUUUACAUGGUGUUGUUUGGUGCGACAACGUUGACCAUCUUUGUGUUCUUUGGCGGAAUGAUUCCUUACAUCUCAGAGUCUCUUGCAAGUAUUAUUUUUCUCGGCAAUUCCUUGACUUUCAUGAUGGUCAGUCUCUUAAGCUUUCAUGGCAUGCAUUUGCUUUCUCUAUUUCCUUGUUACUAUAGUUUCCAUAAAUUAACUGAAAGCUAGUCCAUCUUUUCUCAUGCAGGUAUACAUUUGGAGUAAGCAGAACCCUUUCAUUCCCAUGAGCUUCCUGGGACUGUUUACUUUCACCGCAGCCUAUUUGCCUUGGGUGAGUUUACAUGGUUAUUACAGACAUUUAACCGAGAUCAAUUAAAAAAAAAAAACAAAAAAACUAAGAUUAGUUUCAGAUUUCGUUGAAAUCCAAGGGAGCCAUUUAUGGUUCUUUCUCAGUAUGGAAAAGCCUUCCUGUGGUUCUUCCCAUCUUCCAGUUGAAUGCUCUUUCUUUAUCAUUAUUAGGUCAAGAAAAUACCCAGAUCAAUUAGAAAAAAAAGAAAAACGCAGAUCAGUUCCAGAUUUCGUGGAAAUUCAAGGGAGCCAUUUAUGGUUUUUUCUCAGUAUGGAAAAGCCUUCUUAUGGUUCGUCUCAUCUUCCAGUUGAAUGCUCUUUCUUUUAUCCUUUAUUAGGUCAAGAAAAAACCCAGAUCAAUAGAAAAAAAAAAAACUCAGAUCAGUUUCAGAUUUAGUGGAAAUCCAAGGGAUCCAUUUAUGGUUUUUUCUCAGUAUGGAAAAUAUCUUCAUUUGAUUCUCUCUCUGGUUUACAGGUCCUCUUGGGCUUCACCGUGCUUGUUGGUGCCAACACAUGGGGGGAUUUUCUGGUAAGUCCCUAGACCGGUGAAGACUAUGGAUGGAACAUGUCAUCCAGAUUUAACAUACUUCCAUCGGAUUCAAACAGUUGCAUGGAAAAUGGAAAACAGAAAAUACUCCAUCUAUCACUUGGGUUCCACCAAGAUGAUGAUUCUGAAUCCUAUGAUACGAAUUUAGGGAUGCAAACUACCCAGUCCGAGUUGGGUCAACACAGUCUGUGAUAUAUAUAUAUAUAUAUUUAACCAUGAAUAGGUGUUGAGUCGAAUGAGUCUAGGCUGAUAUGAGCCCAUAGAUCGGCAGCCAUUCAAGUAUUGGGUCAACCUUCCGCCAUGAAAAAUUCUGCUACUCACAUGUAGGCGGGCAAGUCAACGCACCCAAAAUCUUCUGUAUUUUAUGUAUAUAUUAUAUAUUUUUCAGGUCCUCCCUCCCUUCGCCCAUAAGAUCUCGCCGAUCUUUUUCUGAUGAAUAUUUCUCAUUUAGGGCUUGAUCGCGGGGCACACAUACUACUAUCUUGAGGAUGUCUACCCCCGGAUGACUGGUCGUCGGCUGCUCAAGACUCCCUCCUUUAUCAAAUGCCUCUUUGACGACGACGGUGUUGACAUUGUGGACCGCCCAGAGAACGUGAGGUUUGCCCCGCCACCCCAAGAUCUCCACCAAGACUAG